AUGGCUUCAAGGACAGAACAGGAUCACAAGACGCUCAUGCGACGUGCCCUGGCAUUAGCAGAGAAGUCACCACCAAAGCCGAGCAAUUUCCGGGUCGGUGCCCUCUUGGUCAAUCUUGAUGAUGGGCGAGUCGUCGCCGAAGGAUACACUCUAGAAUGCGACGGCAACACACACGCUGAAGAGUGCUGUUUUAUCAAACUUGCCGAGCAGCACGCUACCAAGGAGGAGGGUCUAGUCGACAUCAUCAAAACUCCUCACGCAUUAUAUACGACCAUGGAGCCAUGUUUCAAGCGCCUCAGCGGCAAAUUACCCUGCGUCGAGAGAGUUUUACGGCAAAAGUCGUGGAUAAGGGAGGUUUACCUCGGUGUACAGGAACCAGAAAAGUUUGUCGGUCAGAACCCUGGCCGAGGAAUGCUUAAAUCUGCCGGCAUCAAAGUUGCGGCAGUGCCGGGACUUGAGGACGAAAUUCUCGAGGUUGCAACAGCAGGUCAUGCAUCUGAUGCUUAA